AUGAAGUUCGGACAGACUCUAAAGUCUUCUUUAAUUAAAGAGUACUCAUAUUAUUAUAUUCAGUACGAUGAGCUGAAACACUUCAUCAAACAGGGUCUCUCAGAGACCAGUAAUAAGUGGUCUGGACAGUUGGAAGAGGAGUUUGUCAAUCGUUUGGAAGAGGAAUUGGAUAAGAUUUUUGAUUUUACGACUCUAAAAACUAAGGAGAUCAACCGUCGUAUUGCAGAUGUUGAUAAAUUGGUUGCCAGAACCGUCGAGAACUCCAAGCAUGCCACUCCUGAGGAGAUGGAGUAUUACGAGCAGGACUACGAGGAUUUAGAGGACGAGUUACGCGAUAUCAUAUCUGACGUUUACGACUUGAACACUUUCACUCAAUUGAACUAUACUGGCUUUCAAAAGAUUUUGAAGAAGCAUGACAAAAGAACUAAGUACAUCUUGAAGCCUAUCUACCAAACCCGAUUGGAUGCUAAGCCCUUUUACAAGACUAACACCGAUUUGUUCAUCGUCAAAUUAUCCAAACUGUACGAUUUGGUUCGCACGAGAGGUAAUCCUACACAGGGUGAUUCUGCUGCUGGAGGAAAGACGCAAAACUUUGUUAGACAGACUACAAAGUAUUGGGUUCAUCCUGAUAACAUCACAGAGUUGAAGUUGAUCAUAUUGCAACACCUUCCAGUGCUUGUUUUCAAUCCUAAUAAGGACUGGGAGACUGAAGAUUCUGCCAUUACCUCCAUAUACUUUGAUAACGAGAAUAUGGACUUGUACUAUGGACGUUUGUUGAAGACUGAAGGAGCCGAGGCCAUCCGUGUUAGAUGGUAUGGAAAUAUGGAGGUCGAUAAUAUGUUCAUUGAAAGAAAGACUCAUAGAGAGGACUGGACCGGUGAGAAAUCUGUCAAAGCCCGUUUCCCAAUGAAAGAGAACAAAAUCAACGACUUCCUCAAUGGUAAAUACACAGCUAAGCAGGCGUUCGAGAAGAAGCGCAGGGAGGGACGUAAAUCCGCAGAGGAGAUUGAUGCUUUGGAAAGAUUGGCCCAAGAGGUUCAAUACCGUGUUAUUAAGGACAAGAUGCGCCCCGUGAUGCGUACAUUCUACCAUAGAACUGCCUUCCAACUACCCGGUGACGCCCGCGUGAGAAUCUCGUUAGAUACUCAAUUGACCAUGGUUAGAGAGGAUAACUUUGACGGUGUUAACCGUACUAAGGAUAGCUGGAGAAGAAUGGAUAUUGGUAUAAACUAUCCCUUUUCCAACUUACCACCUGGAGACGUGGAGAGAUUUCCUUACGCCGUUUUGGAAGUCAAGCUACAAACACAACUCGGCCAGGAACCUCCUCAGUGGGUUAGAGACCUGGUUUCCUCUCACCUUGUUGAAGCAGUGCCGAAAUUCUCUAAGUUUAUUCACGGCUGCUCUACAUUGCUGCCUGAUAAGAUUGAUCUAAUUCCGUUCUGGCUUCCUCAGAUGGAUGUGGACAUUCGUAAACCCAAGUGUGAUGACAACUAUGGUAUUGUUCGACGCCAUGGUGAAAGUGGCACCUCUGCUCCAGGUAAUCAUAUGGACGAAGAAGAGCUUGUUUUUGCCAACAAUGGAACAUCUCGUGAAAACUAUGGAUCUGUACGUAUUGACGAGUCCAACAAUCGUGUCGAGCAACUCCCCACUGAAGACAAUACUUCUAACAUUUGGGACAGACUCCAGGAAAAGUGGGAUCAGAUGAAUAAAUAUAUAUUCCACUAUGACACUGAGCAGCUGUCAAAUGCUGUUGCACCAGGAACGGUCUACGAGACACAGAUCCAUGCUCCACCGGGAAAGAAGAUUGCUGUUCCAGUUAGAGUUGAACCAAAGGUCUACUUCGCCACGGAAAGGACUUAUUUGUCCUGGCUAAGUAUUUCAUUGAUAUUUGGCGGUACUGCACAGGCAUUACUGAACUACGGUGACAUUGUGUCAUUCAUGACUUCAUCAUGCUUUUAUUUAUUGUCUGCCUUGACUAUUCUCUACUCUACCGGUAUCUACGUCUGGAGAGUGAUGAACGUUAGGAAGAAGAGAGCAGCCAGGUACGAUGACCAGUUCGGCCCAGAUGCUAUCUGCAGUGCGAUGGUGUUGACUAUUCUAGUUAAUUUCUUGUUUAGAUGGUUGUAUUAA